CACCGCCGCUCGACAGUCGCGUUCCCGGUGCCGUCCGGGUCCCGCUCCCGCCGCCGCGUUCCCGGCGCCCUCCGCACCCGAUCGCGCACCUGCGGCCGGCGCCCGCGCCCCCGCCCCGCCCCGCCCGCCGCCCCGGCCCGCCCUGCUCCACCCCGGCCGGAAGGCCCCGUCCCGCCGCGGGCGCUUCGCGGCUGCGUCACCACCGCCCCCCAGACAAGAUGGACACCGCGGAGGAGGACAUAUGCAGGGUGUGUCGGUCGGAAGGCACCCCCGAGAAGCCUCUCUACCACCCGUGCGUCUGCACUGGCAGUAUUAAGUUCAUCCACCAGGAGUGCUUAGUUCAGUGGCUGAAGCACAGUCGAAAAGAAUACUGUGAAUUAUGCAAGCACAGAUUUGCUUUCACACCAAUUUAUUCCCCAGAUAUGCCUUCACGGCUUCCAAUCCAAGACAUAUUUGCUGGACUGGUUACAAGUAUUGGCACUGCAAUACGAUACUGGUUUCAUUAUACACUUGUGGCCUUUGCAUGGUUGGGAGUUGUUCCUCUUACAGCAUGCCGAAUCUACAAGUGCUUGUUUACUGGCUCCGUGAGCUCACUUCUGACACUGCCAUUGGACAUGCUGUCCACGGACAACCUGCUGGCAGACUGUCUGCAGGGCUGCUUUGUGGUGACGUGCACGCUGUGUGCGUUCAUCAGCCUGGUGUGGCUGCGGGAGCAGAUCGUUCACGGGGGAGCCCCCAUCUGGCUGGAGCACGCGGCCCAGCCCUUCAACGCAGCGGGGCAACACCAGAAUGAGGCCCCAGCGGGCGGAAAUGGUGCUGAAAACGCUGCCCCCGACCAGCCUGCCAACCCCCCAGCUGAGAACGCCGUGGUGGGGGAGAACCCAGAUGCUCAGGAUGACCAGGGGGAGGACGAGGAGGAGGACAACGAGGAGGACGACGACGACGGAGGAGCCGAGGACGCAGCUGACGCCAACAACGGGGCCCAAGAUGACAUGAACUGGAAUGCUCUGGAGUGGGACCGAGCUGCAGAGGAGCUGACGUGGGAGAGAAUGCUAGGACUUGAUGGAUCACUUGUUUUUCUUGAACACGUCUUCUGGGUGGUGUCUCUAAAUACACUGUUCAUUCUUGUUUUUGCCUUUUGUCCCUACCACAUCGGUCACUUCUCCCUUGUUGGCCUGGGGUUCGAAGAGCACGUCCAAGCAUCUCAUUUUGAAGGGCUGAUCACAACCAUCGUUGGGUACAUACUUCUGGCCAUCACACUGAUAAUCUGUCACGGCCUGGCCACCCUCGUUAAGUUUCACAGGUCUCGCCGCCUGCUGGGCGUCUGCUACAUUGUCGUGAAGGUCUCCUUGCUGGUGGUAGUGGAGAUUGGAGUGUUCCCCCUCAUCUGCGGCUGGUGGCUGGACAUCUGCUCACUGGAAAUGUUUGAUGCUACUCUGAAGGACCGAGAGCUGAGCUUCCAGUCUGCUCCGGGCACCACCAUGUUCCUGCACUGGCUGGUGGGGAUGGUGUACGUGUUCUACUUCGCCUCCUUCAUCCUGCUGCUGCGAGAGGUGCUUCGACCCGGUGUCUUAUGGUUUCUAAGGAAUUUGAAUGACCCAGAUUUUAAUCCAGUGCAAGAAAUGAUCCACUUACCAAUUUAUAGGCAUCUCCGAAGAUUUAUUUUGUCUGUGAUCGUGUUUGGCUCCAUUGUGCUUCUGAUGCUGUGGCUGCCUAUUCGCAUCAUCAAGAGCCUGCUGCCCAGUUUCCUUCCUUACAACGUCAUGCUCUACAGCUACUUGCAUUAUCCCUUCAGUCACCUAAACCAGAAAGCUACCAACGAUGCUCCGGUGAGUGAGCUGUCCCUGGAGCUGCUUCUGCUUCAGGUUGUCUUGCCAGCGCUGCUGGAGCAGGGCCACACACGCCAGUGGCUGAAGGGACUCGUGCGCGCCUGGACAGUGACGGCGGGCUACCUGUUGGAUCUUCAUUCCUACCUGCUGGGUGACCAGGAGGAGAGCGACAACAGUGCGAACCAGCAGGCCGACAACAACCAGCACGCGCGGAACAACAACGCCUUCCCUGUGGUGGGGGAGGGCCUGCACGCCGCCCACCAGGCCAUCCUCCAGCAGGGUGGGCCUGUCGGCUUCCAGCCUUAUCGCCGACCGCUGCACUUUCCUCUCAGGAUAUUCCUGCUGAUUGUCUUCAUGUGCGUCACCCUGCUGAUCGCCAGCCUCAUCUGCCUGACCCUGCCAGUGUUUGCUGGCCGUUGGCUCAUGUCCUUUUGGACGGGGACCGCCAAAAUCCAUGAGCUCUACACUGCCGCCUGUGGGCUGUACGUCUGCUGGCUGACCGUCAGGGCAGUGACCGUGCUGGUGGCCUGGAUGCCCCAGGGACGCAGAGUGAUCUUCCAGAAGGUGAAAGAGUGGUCCCUCAUGAUCAUGAAGACGCUGAUCGUGGCGGUGCUGCUGGCGGGCGUCGUCCCUCUGCUGCUGGGGCUCCUGUUCGAGCUGGUCAUCGUCGCCCCCCUGCGAGUGCCCUUGGACCAGACGCCCCUGUUUUACCCGUGGCAGGACUGGGCGCUGGGAGUCCUGCAUGCCAAGAUCAUCGCGGCCAUCACGCUGAUGGGCCCCCAGUGGUGGCUGAAGACGGUUAUCGAGCAGGUUUAUGCAAACGGCAUCCGGAACAUUGACCUUCAUUACAUCAUUCGCAAGCUGGCUGCCCCAGUGAUCUCCAUGCUCCUGCUGUCCCUGUGUGUCCCCUACGUCAUCGCAUCUGGCGUGGUUCCUUUGCUAGGUGUCACCGCGGACAUGCAGAACCUGGUCCGGCGGCGGAUCUACCCCUUCCUGCUGAUGGUCGCCGUGCUGAUGGGGAUCCUGUCCUUCCAGGUCCGCCAGUUCAAGCGCCUUUACGAACACAUCAAGAACGACAAGUACCUUGUGGGCCAGCGCCUCGUCAACUACGAGCGGAAGUCGGGAAAGACGGGCACCUCACCGCUGCCUCCACAGUCGUCCCAAGAAUAAAGUGGCUGUCUCAACUCCUUGAGCGUCCCUUGCCUUGACGUGUCCUUGUCUGCGGACUUCUCUCUGGAGAUCCUCCCAGCGGUCUCAGCGUUGUUUCUGAGUUCAGUGUCUGACUCGCGCUCUUGGCCUCCAGAGAGGGGCGGCCCGCCCCCCCUGCCUUCUGCCUGAGAGCUGUACAUGUGUAAAUAGAAGCUCCCGGAUGCCCCUGCCCCCAGAUUAAACAGAAUGUGCAUUGUACAUCUUUAAACAAAAUGUAUAUUAAUUUAUUAAAUCUAGUUGUCACUUUAUCUUGGACCUGCUGUGAUCUUGACAGGACAUGUGCCACAGGGCCCGGCGCAGAGGCCAGACUGCCGCGACCCCAACACGCGACCCCAGCACCGCAGCCCCAAGCCCUGCGCUCUGUCUGUCCGGGCCUGGCGCGGAGAGCACGGCGGGCGUCAAGUCGGGAGGUGGCGGUGAGAAGCGGGACUUUGCGCUCCACUGUCGACCCUUUGGGGACGUUACUUUGUAUAACACCAAAGCUGUUGUACGUUUUUCUACUGCCUGACUUCGUUUGUUCCCCCCCCCCCCUUCUUCAUGUGUACGAGUUUGUAAUGUAUAGUUUCCUGUGGUGGUGAGGAGAUUACUUUUAAUGUUGAUAAUUUAAUGAUUCCUAGUGAUGACGGUCAGGGGCUGGGUUUUUGCGCUAGUUAGGGGCAUGUUCUCCUUAGGAGGAAGUAGUCCAGAAGACUGUCGAUAGGGCCCCUCACGCCUGCCCCACAGCUUUUUUCUUUUCUUUUUUUUUAAAAAAAGCAGCGGCCAAGUCACAUAAGACUUUUCGUCUUCACAGAAUAAUACCACCAACAGCACAGCCACGAGGACAUUCCCACAGGCUUGUGCCACUUGGGGGUGGUUUGUGGUCCCAGGCUGAGGGCACUGCAGCCUCUCCUGCCCGUCAGCAGGAAGGUACAUUCCUCCCAGUUCUUCGGAGGCAAGCCCAAAGUCCGCCAGGCUUUCGGUUCCCAGAAUAAACAGCCACCAACUAAGCCAGUCUGACUUCACGUCUCUGCAAGGAGGCCGGCAGCACUGACCCUUGAGUAAGGCUGUGGUGUCUCGCGGGGAAGGAGUCCCGGCAGCUCUUGGCGGCCCCCAGAACCAGGCCUUUGGAGUCAAACGGGCGGCCGGCAACCAGCCCAACUACUUCAUGCUGGUCGUGUGUCACCAGAGUCCUGUUGGUUUCAGAUGAUGACAUGUCCUCAGAGGAAGUGGACAGCAGAGGCCUUCAGAAGGUGUAGAAGAAUCUCCAGAUAGUAUUCAAACCCUCAAGAGUCAAAUCAGCAUUUUUUUUUUUUUUUAAAGGUGUGCAACUCAACCAGAGAUAAGCUGGCAAAACCAGCAGCAACACAUUCUGGUGGCCUUAGGAGUCACACUUUCCCCUGGAGUGGUCAACCAGCACUCAUUCUGAAAAGUCAGUAUCCGAAGAAAAGCUUGACAUAGGAUUCAGUGUUACACACUCUGGCACUUUGGAUGUCCCGUCCUCUUGUAUUUGAGGGAAGGUCUUUGCUAGCCCUACUUUUCCCUAGAAACUUAGUCCUCCUGUAAGAAGUUAGGAGCACUAAAAACAGAAGGAAUGCCACUUGCCACGGUGCGUGUCUAUGAACUGUGCUCUUUAGGAGAAAAAUGCUGUUGAUUUGGGCCUCUAACUUGAUUGUGCUAUUUCAGUUUUGUUUUGUUUUGUUUUGUUUUUCCCCCAGAGCAUUUGCACCUCUCGUUAUAAGUCAUUGGAAUGCAUUGCUCUGUUUCACCAGGAAGAAAUCGAGAAGAUACUAUGAAAGGUUUAAAACUGUUGAAUGAAUCUUAGCAGUUAUUUCACUUUGAGAAAAAGUAAAAACGGCCAAAACACCACCCUGCGUCUCACUGGGAGACCACCGGGCGACUCUGGGAGGAUUUCCCCUCACUUUCAGCGAUGCUUCUCCCUGUCGUUUCCAGCACGAUCGAAUACUUCCUUCCGCAGGGAAAGAAAGCGUUUGCUGGCUCUACCGUCAAGACCAUCUUGUCAACCACAGUCGUCUCACCAGUGCUGAAAACCCUGAGUUCCAGAAGCUCGCGUAGGGCUGCUCGUCUCCACGUGCGACGUUUUCUCUAGGAAGCCUGAGUUUCCUUGCUUUCCCGUCGGGCGACAGUCUCUUCAGUGGGGGGAGACGACUUUUGAGAGGAAUGGACAUUUGGGGUUGAGUGUUACAUGGCCAGUUAUCAAGUGGGCAUGAGUGUGCACUUGCCAGUUAGCAAAUGGUUGGAUUUCUUUUUUUCUUUUUGUAACCAUUAAGUACUAAUAGUCGAGAUGAAAUCUGAAGAAAAAUGCCAGCGUGAAGUCUGGGUGGCUGGCCUUAACAAGCUCCACGUGUCAUGUGGUGUUCUGGUCUCUGGACAGACAGUGGAGAUGGGGCAUCUCCAUUCCAGAUGUGAGCAAAAAGUCGUUUUUAUUUCAACAUUUAAUACAAUUGUUAUUACUGUGGA